AUGUUCUAUAGCAGAGACAUAUCGUUAAUUAAUAGUAAUGGUGAUAUUAAUUGCAAUAAUAACGAAUUUUAUAAUUAUAUUACCCCAACAAAUAGCAAUCCAAUUGUAAUGGAGAGUGCUUAUACUAAUAUUGUUAGCCAAAUGGGAAAUGGUACUUAUAGUAGCAACUCUACGUAUUCAAAUAAUACCUCUUUUAAUGAAUUAAACAGUAGAGAAACUACCAAUACUAAUAUCUCUGGUACAGAUUACCCGACAAUAGAUACUAACAUAGAUUACAAUAAUAAUAACAGCGCUAAUGGUAAUAGAGCAACCACGAAUCGUACAAACCAAUCGUUUAAUCUAUAUGAUUUGAUGUUUUCGUCAGUAGAAAAUAUUCCCAGUAAUAAUAAUAAUAAUAAUAAUAAUAAUAAUGAAAAUAUUUUCCCAUAUAUCAAUAAACAACAACAGUAUUUAAAAACCAAAGUACCUCAACUUUCAUCAAAACAACUGUUUUGUCAAAAGCAAUCCUCAGCAUUACAGCAACAACAAACCAGCACCUAUAACAAAAAUAUCAGUAAAAAUCUUGUACCGGAGUUUCGUGAAAUAUCACUCUUCGAAACUAACAGCACUGACAAUAUACUAUCAAAAAAAAAAAAAAUAAAAGCGGAGGAAACAGCAAACAACAGAAUGGUAAGUCACGUCCUACCAUCCCCAGAGGAAGAGGGACAACACCAAGUUUAUACUAUCACUAAUGAUGCUAACCAGCGUUUUACAGGAGAGCCCAACUCUACUAAAAACAUUAGUACCAAUUGUAAAGCACAUGCUUCCUUCAAAAAGAAUGUUGUUGGUAACACCGACUUAUUUAUGUGUGAUGUUUCUAGCGGAAAUGUUAUCCCUAACGUAAUGCUUGAAAAACAACAAUCAUUAGAAGCUGAAUCUUGGGUUUCUGAACUGCUAAAGGAAAUUCCAGAAAGUAUACCAGAAAAUACGUUUAAAGAAAAAGUUGAUAAUUGUACAAAACCAAAUGAUUUAUUUAAUUUGGCUAAAAUGUUUCAGACACCAAUCUAUGAAACAGAAUACAUCAGAAAGUUAUUGAAAAUUAAUGAGUUGCUAUAUAACAAUGAAGGUGUCUUCCAGUUCCCAUUUUAUAAAUUUAUAAGGUUUUGGUCUUUUGUAAGUGGUUGGGUAAUUUAUUUUAAUCAUUUUGAUUACAAAAAAAAAAAUAAAACUUAUAGGGGCGUUUUCAUUUGUAAAUUUGACUCUAAGAUGGCAAGAAUAUCAAACAAAAGAGCCAAAUCACCAACAUUAAGGUUCCACAAAAAAAUAAGGACAGGUAGCUGUGAAAGAAAGCUAAUCACAAUAGUUGAUUUUAACACCAAGAUGGUCACCAUAAAGACCUGCGGGUAUCAUUCACAUAAUCUCAGCUGUUUAUAUGAAAUUUGCCCUUCACACUUUGUGAGGAAUAUCAUUAUUGAAUAUAUUAAAAUGGGAAUUUUUGACACUAAAAAAAUACAAUUUGCAUUAAAGUAUCAAUUAAGAGAAUUAAAGCAUGAGUUUGAUUUAGGUUUGGAAGCAAUUGAUUAUAAGUACGUUCGAAACUACUUGGACAAGUAUAAAGAUGAUUCUAAACGGAAUAAAGAAGAAGUUAGUAAUACGGGUAUCUUCAAUGUUGAUUGUACGUCCAGUAAUAGAAGCAAUAGUUGUUAA